UCUCCCUCUCAGCGCUGUAGAAGAUCUCAGGAUGGACUCAUACGUGAUCCAAGUGAAUGGCCAUGGUGACCACGCUCCUGUACUGGACGUUCAUCUCAGUACCAAUGGGAACAGCUUGUCGCUGGGGAAGGUGAAAGGCCGGAAGCCAAGAUGGGCUGUCAGGGCUUCUGAAAUGUCAAAGAAGACUUUCAAUCCUGUCCGAGCCAUCGUAGACAGCAUGAAAGUGGAGCCCAACCCAAAGAAAACCAUGAUCUCCUUGUCUCUAGGAGACCCAACGGUCUUUGGAAAUCUUCCCACAAAUGAUGAGGUCACCCAGGCUGUGAAGGAGGUUUUGGACUCGGGACAUUACAACGGUUAUGCUCCAUCUGUUGGCUACAAGUCCUGUCGAGAAGCUGUGGCUGCAUACUACAGCUGCCCAGAGGCACCUCUACAGGCCCAGGACGUCAUCCUAACGAGCGGUUGCAGUCAGGCCAUAGAGCUUGCCUUGGCAGUGCUGGCCAAUCCAGGCCAGAAUAUUCUAGUGCCACGGCCCGGCUUCUCCCUCUACAAGACUUUAGCACUGUCCAUGGGUAUUGAGGUCAAGCUCUACAACCUCUUGCCAGAGAAGUCCUGGGAAAUUGAUCUGAAGCAUUUGGAAUCUCUGGUGGAUGAGAAGACGGCUUGUCUCAUUGUGAACAACCCAUCCAAUCCCUGUGGUUCUGUGUUCAGCAAGAGCCACCUCCAGAAGAUCCUGGCAGUGGCCUCAAGGCAGUGCGUGCCCAUCCUUGCUGAUGAGAUCUAUGGAGACAUGGUGUUUGCUGAUUGCAAAUAUGAGCCUAUUGCAACUUUAAGUACCAAUGUGCCAAUCUUGUCCUGUGGUGGCUUGGCAAAGCGGUGGCUAGUCCCGGGUUGGCGGAUGGGCUGGAUCCUGAUCCAUGACAGGAGAGACAUCUUUGGUAAUGAGAUCAGGGAUGGCCUUCUAAGACUCAGUCAAAGGAUCUUAGGACCCUGUACAAUUGUCCAAGGAGCGCUGGAACAUAUUUUGAACCGAACACCCCCUGAGUUCUACCACAACACGCUCAGCAUCCUCAAGGUGCAGGGCAGAAGUCUUGUCUGUGACCAGAAGAGCCCAACAAAUCCAAUUUCAGCAAGAGACAUAUCCAAUGCUGACCUUUGCUAUGCUGCCUUGUCAGCUAUCCCUGGCCUACAGCCUGUCCAACCUGCAGGAGCCAUGUACCUUAUGGUUGGGAUUGAGAUGGAGCAUUUCCCUGAGUUUGAAAAUGAUGUGGAGUUCACUGAGCGGCUCAUUUCUGAGCAGUCUGUGUUCUGUCUGCCGGCCACGUGCUUUGAGUACCCAAAUUUCUUCCGCGUGGUGAUCACAGUGCCUGAGGAGAUGAUCUUGGAGGCCUGCAGCCGCAUUCAGGAGUUCUGUGAGAUGCACUACCAGGGUGCUGAGGGGGCCCAGGAUAUGGAGUGUGACAAGUAACCACUAUGAGCUCCUGCUCCACCAGGCCCAGCCUUGUGUGAGGUGGCAGUGGGGAAGGCCGGGCUGCUCCCUAUCGGCCCCCACCUCCCGCUGCCUGCAGACCGUAGCCAUCCUGUGGCUCCGCCAUUUGUGCCUCUGCAGCCCCCCUCAGCACCACAGGAAGCAGCAGCUCUUCUCUCUCCUCCUACGCUGUUGCUCACAGACCCUGGCACCCAGCGCUGGUG